AUGGUUCCUACAAAUUUGAGUUGUUUGAAAGUUGGAGAUAUUUUGCUUGCAUGUUCAAAAAUCGUCGCAGCAAUUCAUGUUUGGUGGGAUUGUCCUCAUUCUUCAACUGCAAGUUUUUCAAUGCGCCACAUUGGGGCAAUUUCAUUUUUGAAAGGGCAAUGGGGCUUUAGGCGGAGAGUUAAAUAUUUAGUAAAAACGGUUUAUGUCGGCAUUAAAAAGAGCCACAACAACUGCUACGACAACAACAAAAACUACAACAUCAAGAAGAACUGUGGCAAAAACAACACGAACAACAACAACAACAACUAUGAACGCAAACAACGCAUCGACGCAAAAGUUUCGCGACAGCGCAGCGUCAAAUAUGGAAGGACACACGCCAGCCACACUCGCCUCGCGCAGCAUUCGGAGAAGGUCAUCACACCGCACCAAGCGAGGCAUGGCACUCCUAAUGACUGGGAUGAUUCAUCAGCCAAGCAUCAAUCAAACAUCAUGAAAAUCAUUCAUCCAAUAAUUGAGAGUUGA